UCAAACCUAAGACGCAAUUCAAUUAUUGGGAAGAACAGCAAAGACCUCCAUUACUACUCCAGCCUCCAGGCGCAACAAUGGCGAUACAUCUGAAAUUAAACACCCUCUACCAUUGUUCACGGUCUUUCGGCACGGCUCAACCGUGUCCUUCCUACUUUAACCUCACAUUCUUCCAUUUCCAUCGUCAUCAUUACCCCUUCUCUAAAACUAUACUCAAGCAUAAUUCAGCAGCAUCCACAGUAGUUUCCAGGCGCGCGUUACUCUCUUCUGAUGCUGCGCUUUUCCAGGAUGUUGGCGCAACUGUUUUUUUAAUCACUGGUGGUUACUCUCUUGUUUCUGUCUUUGAUAAUCUCACUCACCGCAAAAUCAUCUCUCAGAAUUUGAGCAGAAAGCUUGUCCAUAUAAUUUCUGGGUUGCUUUUUGUGGCUGCCUGGCCUCUUUUCAGCGCCUCACCAGAAGCUCGGUAUUUUGCGUCUCUUGCUCCAUUUAUAAAUGGUUUGAGACUUGUGGUCAAUGGACUCUCACUUGCAACAGAUGAAGGCCUCAUCAAAUCUGUUACUCGAGAAGGCAAACCCAAGGAAUUACUACAAGGUCCAUUAUACUAUGUUCUGAUUCUAGCUUUAUCUUCCAUUUUCUUCUGGCGUGAUUCUCCAGUUGGCCUGUUGUUAUUGGCAAUGAUGUCUGGUGGUGAUGGAAUUGCUGAUAUCAUGGGAAGAAAAUUCGGUUAUGUGAAGUUACCUUAUAACCAGAAAAAGAGUUGGGCCGGUAGUAUUUCAAUGUUUACCUUUGGUUUCUUGAUAUCUAUGGGGAUGCUUUACUACUUUUCAGUUCUGGGUUACUUCCAGUUUGAUUGGAAUCUCACAGCCCAAAGGGUUGCAGUAGUUUCUUUCGUUGCAACAGUUGUUGAAUCGCUUCCAACAACAGAGCAAAUUGAUGAUAAUAUAUCAGUCCCUCUCGCAACCCUGGUUACAGCGUACCUCUGUAUGUAGCUUAUGGUCUAAAAGACUGCUCUUCCCCAACAUCUCAAGGAACUCUCAAUGUUGCUUGUCCAUCCGCAAUGUUGCUUGUCCAUCCAAGAUCCAACCCUCAUUGUCUUUUGUUACUAUACUUUAAAUUUUGUUGGCGUAUCUGAAAGUCUUUAUUGAUUUUUAGUAAUGGCUUUAAUGAUUUUAUUUAUGAAUUAGUUGGAUACGUAAACAUAAAUCGAUCAUAAAAUAUCAUAAGAUGCUUGUGGGGAGCCAACAACGACCUAUACCUUUUUUCUUUUCUUUUUUUUUUUUUUUUUUUUUUAAGAAACAUCUCAUUUAAUCCGCUUUAAAUAUCUAAUGUCGUAUGACUUUUUAUUGACA